AUGAACGUCUUUCGAACAACCACCAUAUUGGCUGCACUGUCCAGUCUGCUACCGGGCACCAUCGCAACCAAAGAACAUCAUACGUCGGCUUGUUCUGCAGCAACAUUCAAGUCACUCUCUUUGGACAACAUCAAGCUCAAGUCUUUCAAUGUCACUGCUCACCACGAACUUUCAACCAGCGGUCGAAAUGCCACCGGGGGUGUGGGUGUUGUUCCCGACCUUCCCAACGUUGAGACUCCUACCGUGGACAUCUGUCUUAUCUCUUUGACCUACACGCACCCGGGACAAGACGACACCGUAAACACGUACAUUGGUCUUCCUCUCGAUACAAGCGAGUGGAACUCACGAUUUUUGAUGCAUGGCGGAGGAGCAUACUAUGCUGGCGGGCCAAGCAGCGUUCUAACUCCGGUGUUAUUAGGCUAUGCAUCCUCUUCUACGGAUGGAGGGCAUGGACCUGCCACAUCCAUUGCAGACUGGGGCCUGACGAGUCAUGGAAAGACCAACUGGCCGGCCCUUCGUGACUUCUCAAGUGUUGCUAUUUCCGAAGCUGCGGUGCUCGGAAAAAUGGCGACAAAAUUAUACUAUGGCUCCAAGGCGAAAUAUUCCUAUUGGCAUGGCUGCUCAACCGGUGGUCGUCAAGGACACGCAAUGGCCCAAGAGCAUCCCGAUUUAUUCGACGGUAUUGUUGCUGGAGCUUCAGCGAUCAAUUGGGAUAAGUUCGCUGCAGCAGGCAUUUGGGGACCAGUUAUUGCUCAACUUCUUGAUUCGAAGCCACCAUUGUGUGUCGUUGAAGCGUUCACGCAGGCCGCUAUUGCAGAGUGCGAUGGGCUUGACGGUGUCACCGACGGUAUCAUUGCUUAUCCAGGUCAAUGCCACUUUGAAGCAUCUUCCCUCGUCGGACAAAAAGUGAACUGCAGUGACCCAAAUGGGGCUGUUACGAUUGCCAAGGAGAUGGCUGAAUUAAUCUCUGCAGUUUGGGAUGGUCCACGUUCAAAAGAUGGUCGGUCUCUUUGGUAUGGAUUUGACCACGAUUCUAGCCUCGGAGCGAUGAUCGGAACAAGUUGCAGCUCCAUCGAAAACUGUACUGUAAUUCCAUUCAGCGUCUCAGAAGACUGGGUCAACUCAUUCGUUGUCCGCAACCCCUCGUUCGACGUUGAAAACCUCACCCACAAUGGAUAUGACUUGAUUUUCCGUCAGUCGGUCAAUCAGUACGCCUCCGUGAUUGGCACUUCGAACCCAGAUCUCUCCAAGAUGAAGAAGUCUGGAACAAAAAUGCUUGCCUGGCACGGCAUGGCCGACCAACUGGUUCCCACUAAUGGAUCAGUCGAUUACUAUGAGCGCGUGGCAGAUCUCAAUGCCAACGUUGCGGAUUAUUACCGCCUCUUCCUUGCACCGGGGGUGACCCAUUGUGGAUUUGGAGCCGGGUUCGACCCUUCUGAAACAGUCUUUGACACGAUGAGGGCUUGGGUUGAGAAUGGAACGGUGCCGGAUCGGUUGAAAGGCUUGGCCGUUGCUGUUGGGAACACUUCAGCCACUCGUACGGGGUACCUGUGUCCCUAUCCCCAAGUAUUUACCUACACCGGUGGGGAUGUAAAUGCUGCAUCAUCGUUCACCUGUGUUUGA